CACUCACAACUUCCGGAACGAUCUUCAACAUUCUGUUUCUGGAAGCCGACUUCUUCAUAAGCUCCAUCUUGCUGACCGAACAUGAGUGCCCGGAGCCGUCAGAAUUACACCACUGAGGUGGAGGCCAUAAUCGAUCGCCUGAUCAGCAUGUAUCUGGAGGCCUCCGAUAGGUAUCUCUCUCUGGGAUUCUUUUUCAGAGACAACAGGUCUGUGGGAGGCCUGGUUCACUUCUUCCGAGAUCUGUCUGAAGAGAAGCGUCAGGCAGCCUAUCUUCUCCUGAUGCAAACUCGACCAAGCAGCUGUGACCACUUCUCUAAUGAGCAGAUGAUGCCCUCAUAUCACUGUGAUGGGAGCGUGGAUGCGAUGGAAACUUCCUUGGCCCUGGAGAAGAACCUGAACCAAGUCCUUCUGGAUCUGCAUGCCCUGGGUUCAGCCAACACAGACAUCCAACUCUGCCACUUCUUGGAGAAGCACUUCUUAGAGAAGGAGAUGAAUCUCAUCAAGAAGAUUAGUGACUACCUGGCCAACCUCCGCCAGCAGGCCAGCGAAGAGGAAAGCCUGAGUGAGUGUCUCCUCAAAAGGCUCACGUUCAACAGCGACUAAGGAUUCCCAUGGCCAGUGGCCUUGAGGAGCCGCCUCUGUUUUGCUGAUACCAGCUUCUCGCCCAGCUCAGCAUCACCUGCUAAGCCACAAGCCAAAUGGAAACAAAGUUUCUUUGCGUAGACAAAAACAGCUAAGUUGGAGGUGGAAUGAAAGAUUUGUUGACUGACAGUCUCUGGCAGUGUUAAGUAAACCGUUCUUUUCCGAAUCUAAAGAACUGAACCUGUGUUUGGUCUGUCCUAAAACCCGUAAUAAUUCAUAAAAAUCUUAUGCAGUCUUAGUGGUGGUGUGAUUUGAACCAAUUUUGGCUGCUGGACUAUGUUCCAGAUGCACUCUAAAAUAUAUGAUUAACUUUUGUCUAGCAGAAAAAAAAAUGGACUGACUAUCAGGACUACAUCAUAUUGUAUCCCCACUCCCAACUGGCCAUCAGUCACCAUCUAAUUGUUUGUCCUGAUCUCCAAGUUGAUGUGAUACCAUCCGCUUAUUCACGGGAAUUCAAGAGGCAGCAACCCCAUGAAAGUCAUCGUGGCAUCUCCCUUUAGGUUGCUGCUGACAACAUGGACGAUCUACUAUGCACUGACCUCUCGAUGAAGAUUCUCAAGAUAAACGUUGGAGUGGACUUACCACGAGAAAUAGUGCUUCUGUUUGGUAAUUGGCUUGUUUUUGCUUUAUGGACAUGAUCAGUAGAACGAAGUUCCCUUUUCUGAUUGCCUGCUCUUGGGGCUAACUUUGCAAUCCAGAUAAGAGUAAAUGAGAAAGGCUGUGUAAGCCCUACUCUAUGUUCCAUCUUUUACUAAUAUGUCUGUGUGUUACGGAUUCUUUCAUGCCAUUUUAAUGCUAAUCUUUCUAGACUGCAACUGAAAAGACAUAGAUGAAUAAACAUUGUCACUGCAGAUUAAGUUUCUGUUGUUUAUUUUCAAGAAGAGAGGCGAAAACUUCCAUGCAUCCCUGAGAGAGCCAAAGUGGUUCAAGGGUGGGUCAGAGAGAAGCUGAAUCUCAGAAGCCAGGACAGGAGAAAGCAAAAAUGUAGCAUUGCAGGGAGGGACACUGCAUGGAGACCGUGUUUUUUUAUUUUUAAUUUUAAUUUUUGCUAAAUUCAUAAAUUUUUAUUCUGCAGAUAGCACUAUAGUAGUUGUUUUCCUUGAAAUUUGGGAAGCUGGAGUUGGGGUUGUAACUUUUUUCUCAAACUGUAGACUUGGGUCGGGGGUUGGGUGCUGGUAAAGUCAAAUUGUGUUAGGGCUUCCUGUUGCCAUACCCCAAGUUAAAUUAAACCAGCUAGUAC